AUGAAGCCCGUUACAAGUUUCUUCUUGUUUUCUGUAACUAUAAGCCUCGCCUUCUUCUUCCACCCAUCCGUGGCCAAAGGAAGCACCAACCUAAUCCAAGAAGUGUGUACAAAAACUCAUAACAAGGUUAAUUGUGUUGCCAGCCUUGAAUCUAACCCUGAUAGCAAACAAGCCAAUCUACAGCAACUUGGCAUAAUUGCAUUAAACCUUGCAUCAACGAACGCAACAAACACAUCCUCGUACAUCAAGACAACAUUGCUUAGUAACAAAACUCUGGGCCCUGUCAAUGAGCAAGCCCUAGAAGAUUGUUCAGAUCAAUACUUGGAUGCCAUCCAGCAACUUGAUAACUCAUUGGCUGCUUUGUUAGCCAAUGCUACUAAUGAUGUACGUGCUUGGGUGAGAGCAGCACUUGCUAAUGUUGAAUCAUGCGAGAAUGGGUUCAAGAAACAGGCUCCUGGCCAACAAACGUUGCUGUCUUCGAGAAACGCAGUUUUUCGCCAAUUGUGCAACAAUGUCUUGGUCAUCAACAAACUCUUAAGCCGAACAAGUGCUGGAAGUAAUUAAGAGCAGUCGUAAAUUUUUCCCAGCCAAUCCACAAGGAAUUUU